UCCACGUUUGAGGAUGACGUCAGGAGACCUAGUGGUAAAGAAAAAGCUCCUAGACUUGAGAAACAAACAGACAGCAGAGUACCAAUAUGAAGACCUGGGACCUUGCUCGGUCCUCUAUUGUUUUUGGUAGUUUAAUCAUUUUCAGCAUUUGUACCGUGAAUGGAGAUUACUGCAAGGUGAACCUGUGUCAUAAUGGAGGGACGUGUGUGACUGGCAUUGGAGAAGAUCCCUUUUUCUGCAUCUGUGCCGAGGGAUUUGCUGGAGAUACUUGCAAUGCCACUGAGAAUGGUCCUUGUAACCCAAACCCAUGUAAAAACGAUGGCACAUGUGAGGUGAUCGUUAACGCCAGAAGAGGAGACGUUUUUAAUGAGUAUGUGUGCAAAUGCCAACCUGGGUUUGAAGGUGUACACUGCCAAAUCAAUGUGAAUGACUGUGAAAACCAACCUUGUAAGAAUGGAGGCCUGUGUCGUGAUCUGGAUGGCGACUACACCUGCCAGUGUCCUUCUCCAUAUGUUGGGAAGCAAUGUCAGCUACGCUGUACAUAUGUAUUGGGGAUGGAGGAAGGAGGAAUCGUAGAGUCCCAGAUCUCGGCUUCCUCUGUACACUCUGGCAUUCUUGGGCUGCAGCACUGGGGACCGGAGCUUGCGCGACUCAACAACCAGGGAAUUGUCAACGCUUGGAGCUCGGCACCCCAAGACAAGAACCCCUGGAUUGAGAUUGACAUGCAGAAGAAGAUGCGUCUCACUGGAAUUAUCACCCAAGGAGCCAGCCGCAUGGGGACAGCUGAGUUUGUCAAGGUUUUUAAGGUGGCAUCCAGCUUUGAUGGCAAAACAUACACAGUGUACAGAGCGGAUGGCCAGAGAAAAGACAGAGUGUUUAUGGGAAAUACAGAUAAUGAUGGAACAAAGACAAACAUGUUUGACCCUCCCAUUGUGGCCCAGUAUAUUCGCAUCAUUCCUGUGGUGUGCCGUAAAGCUUGUACUCUCCGGAUGGAACUUGUGGGCUGCGAGCUUAAUGUGCAGUCCAGCACAAUCGGUUGCACUGAUCCACUGGGCAUGAAGUCCCGUCUCAUCUCCGACGUGCAGCUUACAGCAUCUAGUAUUUUCCGUACUUGGGGUAUAGAUGCCUUUACCUGGUAUCCCCACUACGCUCGCCUGGACAAGCAAGGCAAGACUAACGCUUGGGCGGCGGCAAACAACAAUCGCUCAGAGUGGCUCCAGCUGGAUUUGGAGAAACCUAAAAGAAUCACAGGCAUCAUCACUCAGGGAGCAAAAGACUUUGGAGUUGUGCAGUUUGUUUCAGCCUUUAAGCUCGCUUACAGUAAUGACGGACAAACAUGGAGCAUUGUGAAGGAUCAAAUAACGAGAACAGAUAAGAUUUUCCAAGGCAACAUUGACAACAACACAUACAAAAAGAACUUGUUUGAGCCUCCGUUCUUUGCACGAUUUGUGCGGUUUCUGCCCUGGGAGUGGCACGAGCGGAUAACUCUACGCAUGGAGCUGCUGGGCUGUGAUGAUUAGUCUGCACUGCUUUUGCCUGAAGUGUGUCUGCUGGUUAUAGCUGAUGAUUUGUUUCAAUAUACAUUAGCUUCAAUUGUUGCUCUGUAUUUUAUUGUAUUGAUGUCAUUCUUUUAAUGUACUUUUGAAGGGUUCAGUUGAUCUAAUUUUUAACGCCUUUUGGCACAACUUCAAUUUUAGGAAAUCACAUUUUAAGCAAGUUUCAGAGAACAUUACAAAAUUUGAAAAGCAGAAACCUUAAAUGAAAAAGGAGACUAAUUGUAAUGCUUUACUAAAAUUGUUAGUCCCACAACCAAUGAACAUUCUUGUAUUUCAAAAUGGAUGUCCUGAUUUAUAAUGAAAUAUACAAACUAUAAGUAAAUAUCUUUUACUGUUAUUCCUUAUCUUUGGCCACCAAGGUGAGAAAACCUAUCCAUGAAGCAACCUACCUGCUUCCACCUGUCUUAAAUAUGACAUCCCACUAGUGCUAAUGUCCAAUAGUUGACCUUAUUCUGCCUUUUAGCACACAGAGGAAAAAGGUCAACUUGUAAUUUUCUGUAAACACACAAAUACGGUCUACAAUAUUUUUUCUGAACUAAUCUCGACUGUCUGGAGUACAUUUAUAUACAGUAUGGUUCUGUUAGAAACAGUGCUGUAAAUUAGAAAUGAAUUGAAAACACUCCAGGAAAAUGUUAUUGUUGAAAUGUCAUGUUAAGAGAAUGGCUCACAUCAAUUGACUUGUUUGCACUGCAGUUGCUCUACACUUUAUACUACAGUUUAUACAUUUUAUAACUCAAUGUGAGUCAAUGUAAACAACCAAAUUGGAAUAGAAUUGUACAACUGCAAAUAUUGAGUAUAUUUUGUAAAACACGUUGUCUUUAACAAUAUUAAUAAAUAUGUUAAAUAUUUCUGCUUCUCCUUGUUUGUGGCUCAAACUGAGGAAGAUUUUCAACAUGUGCUUUUUCAGAAAUAAAUAUUUGUGUGAGA